CCCUGUAUAGCUGCAUUUAUGGCUUUAUGCUGAAUUGGGCGGCUCAAUAAGUAUUAAGGGAAAUUUAUAUGGAAAAAAAAAAGAAAAUAACUUGCAGGAGCAGUUGACUUGUGAAAAAGACUUUAGCCUUUUUUCUUCCUUUUUUUAUUCUUUUUCAUACACUUCAUCCAGCCUGUGUAACAAAAUGAAUAAAAAUCCAAUUUCAUAUGCAUAGCACAUAACUCUUUAGAAGAUCUGCUUCUUUGUUUGUUUUUUGUUGAUAAAAUCAUCUGUUUUCGGUUACCAUUAGUUGGUGAAGGAAAUGGCUGGAGUAGGAGAGGCUUUUCUUUCUGCUGCUUUCCAGGUAGCUAUUGAAAAACUGGCUACACCAAUCUUGGCGGAAUUUGGGUGCCGUCUUGGUGUUGAAAAAGAUCUGAAAAGACUGGGCAGAACCCUUUCAAAAAUCAAGGCUGUGCUGAAUGAUGCUGAAUCGAAGCGGAUCAGUGACAGUUUUGUCCAGAGUUGGCUUAAUGACCUCAAAGAAGUAGCCUAUGAUGCAGAGGAUCUGCUGGAUGAGUUCUCUACUGAAGCUUUUCGGUACAACCAGCAGAAAAAGGUAACUAAAUUGCUCUCUGCACCCAAAAAGUUUAUAUUUAAAGCUGGGUUAGCUCCAAAGAUAAAGGAAAUAAAUGAGAGGCUAGAUGAAAUUGCAAAAGAAAGAGAUGAUCUUGGUUUGAAAGAGGGAGUGGGUGUAAGCUGGACAGAUACAAGGGACAAGGAGAGUUUGCAGACUAGUUCUUUGAUCGAUGAGUCUCGUGUUUUUGGUAGGACAGAUGAUGUGAAGACGUUAGUAGAGCUGUUAGUGUCUGACAAAAACUGCGGAAAUGAUGUGGGUAUUGUUCCGAUUGUAGGCAUGGGAGGCCUAGGGAAAACAACACUUGCUCAGCUUGUUUUCAAUGAUUCCUCAGUGGUUGAGCAUUUUGCUGUGAAAGUAUGGAUUUGUGUCUCCGAUGACUUCAAUGUUCGAAAACUCACUAAAUCGAUUUUGGAAUGCAUCGAAAGGAAAAACUGCGAUCUUGUGGAUUUGGAUACUCUUCAAACCAGCCUUCGAGACAAAUUAAGGGGGAAGAAGUUUCUCAUUGUUCUUGAUGACGUGUGGAAUGAGAAAGAAAGAGACUGGGAGGUUCUGCGUCUUCCUUUCAGAGCCGGAGCAUUGGGGAGUAAAAUCAUUGUAACCACUCGAAGCGAAAAGGUUGCAUUAAUCAUGGGCACAUCUCAUCCGUACCGUUUAGAUGUUCUAUCUUUCAAAGAUUGCUGGUUAUUGUUCAAACAAAGGGCAUUUGUAGAUGGGAAUGAGUGUGCUCAUCCAAACUUAAUACCGAUCGGUGAGGAAAUUGUGAAGAAAUGUCGAGGUUUACCGUUGGCAGCAAAGGCGCUAGGAGGGGUUCUGCAUGCAAAAACUGAAGUUACCGAGUGGGAGAUGAUCAUGAAAAAUGACAUAUGGGAGCUGGAAGAGGAAGAAAACGGAAUCUUACCGGCUUUGAGGCUAAGUUACGAUCAACUUCCAGCACAUCUUAAGCAGUGUUUUAUAUACUGCUCCAUAUUUCCAAAGGAUUAUAACUUGGAUAAAGAAGAUUUAGUGUUGCUGUGGAUGGCAGAGGGCUUUGUUCAUCCCAAGGGACGGAGACGAAUGGAAGAUGUUGCAUCGGAUUAUUUUGAUGAUCUGUGGCUGAGAUCUUUCUUUCAACAAUCCAAGACCUAUGAUCUCUCUAAAUUUAUUAUGCAUGAUUUGAUUCAUGACCUGGCACAAUCUACAGCUGGGGAAAUUUGCUUCAGAUUGGAGGGUGACAAAGUGCAGAACAUCCCGGAAAAGGCUCGGUAUUUAUCAGUGUUAAUGGACACAUUUAAAUCAGCAACAUUUGAGGCUUUGCAUACAGCAAAAAGCUUGCGGACGAUGCUGCUUCUUUGCAAUAAAACAUCAUCACAGGUCUCUAAUGUGAAGGUUCCCCAUGAUUUGCUAUGCUCUUUGAAAUGCUUACGUUCGUUGGAUAUGAGUCGCAUAGCGAUAAAUGAUGUUUCGGAUUUAGUAGGAGAUCUGUUGCAUAUGAGGUACCUUGACCUCUCCCACACUGAAAUUACGGAACUGCCUGAAUCAGUCUGCAACCUCUGCAACUUGCAGACUCUAAUUCUCGCGAAUUGUAACAAGCUUAUUGCUUUACCGAAAGGUACGAAAAACUUAGUGAAUUUGAGGCAUCUUAAUCUGACAGGAUGCUGGCAUCUCAAAUCGAUGCCACCGUCAUUUGGGAAACUCACUUCUUUGCAAAGGCUGCAUAGAUUUGUUGUCGGAAAAGGAGAUGAUUGCGGAAUAAGUGAAUUGAAGGAUAUGAAUGAACUUCGGGCAGCACUUUGCAUUGAUAGGGUUGAAGAUGUUCUUAAUAUUGAAGAUGCAAAGGAGGCUAGCUUGAAGAGCAAGCAACAUAUACGCAAGCUAGUACUGAGGUGGAGUAGAAGUCGAUAUUCAGGGGGCACCAUUGAUGAGAAAUUGCUCGAAUGUCUUGAACCUCAUAUCAACCUUAAAGAAUUAACCGUUGAUGUAUAUCCUGGAACCAGAUUCCCGAAUUGGAUGGGAAGCUCACUGCUUUCUCAUCUGGAGAGUAUUGAAUUCAUACAUUGUAACUAUUGCAAAACCCUCCCUCCUCUCGGUCAAUUACCAUUUCUCAAAAGUCUAACCAUUUAUAUGAUGCAAGAAGUCGAAAGAAUUGGACGCGAGUUCUAUGGAGAGGGUAAGAUAAAGGGGUUCCAGGCCCUGAAGAAAUUGAAGCUCGGAGACAUGAGAAGUUUGGAGGGAUGGCUAGAGAUCGACAAGGGGGAGUUCCCAGUGCUUGAGGAGCUCUCUCUUCUAAACUGCCCUAAUGUCACCAAUAUUCCUAAAUUUCCAGCAGUGAAAGAUUUCUUGCUAGAUAAUUGUCAUGAAAAAGUAUUGAGAUCAGUACAUUUUCUCACAUCUCUAUCCUCGUUGAAGAUUUUGAACUUCCGAAAUUUAGAUUUGUUACCUGAUGGUCUUCUUCGACCAUUGACUGAACUGAAAGAACUCAAGAUUCAGCACUUUUACCGGCUUAAGGUGUUGCCAGAAGAGGUUGGGUUGCGAGAGCUGAAGUCCGUCCAGCGCUUGGAGAUAUUAUGCUGUCCGAAACUUGAGUCAUUUGCAGAAAAGGGGCUUCCUUGUAAGCUGCAAUAUCUGUCAAUCGGCAUGUGCAAUAAUAUGAAGGAUCUCCCGAGAGGACUGGAAAAGUUACCAUCUCUUCAAGAGCUGAACAUUACAAAGUGUCCGAGAUUAUCUUCUUUUCCAGACGAGAAGCUUCCGGGAUCGCUCAAGAAUUUGAGAAUUUCAGCAUGUGCAAACCUUGAAUAUCUUCCUACAGGUCUCUAUGAACUCGCAAAUCUUGAGUAUUUAUCAAUACAGUCUUGCCAGAAACUACCAGGUUUGCCGGAUUCAGGGUUACCCUCGACCCUUCGUACGCUAUCCAUCAUGGAGUGUGCAGCAUUGGAAGAAAGGUGUGCAGAAGGUGGUGAAGACUGGCCAAAGAUACAACAUAUUCCUGAAAAACAUAUUAGACUCCAUUGAAUCAUGUCCGAGAAAUUAAGUCAAACUCGUGAUAUCAAAUGAUGAACUUCGCGCAGUUCACUGUGCUUACAUGUUAUGUGGUGAAGAUUGGCCAAAGAUACAACAUACUCCCGAAAAACAUACUAGACUCCAUUGAAUCAUGUCCAAGAAAUUAAGUCAAACUCUUGAUAUCAAACAAUGAACUUUGUGCUGUUCACUGUGCUUGCAUGUUAUGCAGGUGCAGCAUUGGAGAAUUACUGCCACCUGAUUGAUGAACUUCCAGCAGCAACUGGAAGAACAUAAUAUAAUAUGUAUGAGAAGAACAUAGUAAAAUAUGUGUAAGAUUGAUUAUUGUGUUUGCAAACUUGAAUUUUUUUUAACUAUCAAUCAGCUAUGGUUGCUAAA